AUGCAUCAUUAUUUCUUUCGCAGUCCUUCGGAAUGGAAUAUUGAGGAUUUUCUAAAGAAUUGUAAAGAUCAGAAAACAAAAAGAGCGAAGAUAGGAAUUUACAUUACGUGUUUGAACAAAAUCCUUAAUGAUGAGAAUGAGGAAAACCAGAGGCGUGAGACAGCACAGAAGUUGCUCAAUAAAUAUCGAACGUUUUGGGGCACAGGUGACCUUUAUGCUCGCCUGCUGUUCAAGCCUUUAUGCCGACUCAAUUCUGGUACCACUGGGGCACAGGGUGAUAAAACUGACCGAAAACUCGCUAAGAAUUGGGAGUUGAAUCGUGAACCGGAGAAAAUACCAUCGUUUAACAUUUACAAUACAUUUUCGGGAGGUACUCAAACGAUUGGAACCGUCAACGACAGAACUUUCAUUACUGGGUCGUCUAAAAGAGUAGAUCACGAAAAGGAUGAUGAUAAUCAGACUAAGCAAAGAAAGCGAAGGGAUAUAUUGCCUAAUGGGACGAAAAUUAAAAAGCCAGCUCCUUUGAACCUUAUACCAUCGGAUGAAGACUCCUCUGACGAUGAUGAUUCCUCCCAAGUAGAUGACUAUUCCUCUCAAAUAGAUGAUGAUUUCCAUCAAGCAGAUUACUGCGAUCGCGAUGAUGAUAGCGACGAAGAAGGCGCACCUACCCCAGAAGAAUCUCUCAAUUCCGUCCUUAGUGACCCAAAGAAUUGGAUUCUUCCCUCCGGAGAAAACGUUUGCAACAUUAUCACUAAGAAUACAUCCGCCAAUGCGAUGGCAAUAAAAAGGAAGAAAAGUUUAUCAGCCGUAGAGAAAGCAAUAUUGCGCUAUGGCGCAUCACGAAUAAUUGAUUUAUCGGCGCACAUGAAACAAUGGUUUUCUCUCGAAGAUAGAAGAUUCAUGAUGAAAGAUCACAUGUCUUUAUUACAAGUUCCUGACCUGACAGACGAAGAAAGUUCCUUUAUCACAACUAUCGAGAAUAUGUUAAUCGAAAAAAGAAUAAACGAAGCAUACGAAUUUUGCGUUAAAAAGUUUACUAGCUCUGACGCGAACAGCUAUGUGCGCAAGAUCAGCAAAAUAUAUUUAGAUUUUAUUUACAGAAGCGAAGAUGGUGAUAUGUUGGAUCCUGCACACACUGAGAUUGACAUUAUAUUAAAAGCAUGUUCAUAUAUCGUUGAAGGCCUGAGGAAGAAUCUGGUAGUAAAACAAAGAUGGGGAGAGUCGUUCUGCCCAUUGAGCAGAAACACGGACUAUAAAAAUGGUCGCAAGUGCGACGUGCGCUUCUUAUCACCAUCAGAAGUAGACCUUGGAGAAUGGGAGUUUGCGUCAAAUGCAACACCACAAAAGACAAUUGGCGACCGUUGUCGAUCAGCUCGUAUUAAUCAGUCGAUAUUAAAUGGUCUGUUGAAUCGCAACCUUACCAAUGAACAGGUUAAGAAAAUCAAUGUUCCCUUUUUACAGAUUGCGGGUACGAAUGGGCAGAUGUUAAUUGAGGAUUCAAUCGAGGGUUUCUAUGUUGUCUUUCCGGGUCCAAAGUUCGAGUUACCUACGAAACUUCAACAUAUCGAAAAAUUGAAGUCCUCUAUAAACAUUAUCAAGUCUGUCAUGGAUAUAUAUGAGCAAAUAAGCGAAAUCGUAGAAACUAAAGGAAGUACAAGUAAUGCACUUGACAGUAUUUUUGGUAGUGAUGAUCUUUAUCUGAGUAAACCCGCCCAUUGUAAAGCUGAAUUUAUUCAUGAACCGUGGUGGACUCCCAAAAAUAACAAAACCAAAGUUACUGACAACAAAUGGCAAAAAAAAAUUUGA